AUGUCGAUUCGCAGACACGGUCGCGGGCGAGGUAGAGGUAGGACAGGAACCGUUACUCCUGCCCCUAUAGGGAUUGAUCCAGUAGACUUUAUGGCUGCCAUGGAAAAUAUGGCUGCAGCUAUGCAGGCGACAGCCGAGGCACUGGGUAAUCAAAUAAACCAGGGUAAUCAUGGGAACAAUAAUGAUGAGGACGGUCCUAUGACACUUGCAAUGUUUCUGAAAGCCCAACAGGUUCCUGAGGAGCAAUGGGUUGAAUUUGAAACUUAUCAGCUGCAAGGUGAGGCUCAGUAUUGGUGGCAAGGAACACGACGUAUCCUGCAGCCUGAUGGUGCUGCGAUUCCUUGGGAGGUUUUUCGGGCAGAGUUCUAUAUGAAAUACUUUCCUAAUUUAGCCAGAAAUGCCAAGGAACUUGAAUUAAUGCAGUUAAAGCAAGGGCAGAUGACUGUUGCUGAGGUGUUUUCUGAAUUGGUGAAUAAGAGUAGGGUGGCUGAAGAUUGUGUGAGAAAGGCGGCAGUAGAGAAAGGGAGUUUGAAGGUGCCUUUUCAGAGGCCUUCAGGGAGGAGCAUUGCUCCGAGAGGUAGGAAUUUCAAUCGUGGAGGUUUUGUUCCACAGCAGACUCAAGGCCAGGAUAAUUACAGAAGGCCGAAUACUAAUGUUAAUCAGGGAAGAAGGUUUGGGAAGCAGCCACAGCAGGAUCUGAAUUGUCAGAGGUGCGGAAGGAAUCAUCCUGGAAUUCCGUGCAGAGUAGGACUUGGAGUAUGCUAUUCCUGUGGACAGCCCGGACAUAUGGCCACUAAUUGCCCUGAGAAGAAGAAGUAUGAGACUGGUAGGGUGCAGCAGCCAGGGAGAGUAUACACCACUUCUACCAUAGGUGCUGAGGGAUCUGAGACACUGAUUAGAGAUUGGUUAUCCAAGAAUCAUGUUUUGCUUGAUUGUUCUGAGAAGUCAGUACAGUUUAUGCCGGAAGGGUCAGAAGCACCGGUUGUGGUGAAUAGUUACUAUUUGAAUUCUAUGAUAGUAAACUGUUCAAGAGCUGAAUGUCAUGGUAUUAUGUUAUUAACUACGGGAGUAUCAUGUGAUGAUAAGAGUUUAGAGCAGAUUCCGAUUGUAUGUGAAUUUUCAGAUGUAUUUCCAGAUGAUAUUAAUGAAUUCCCACCUAACCGAGAGGUUGAAUUUGCAAUCGAGUUGGUACCUGGAUCCGGUCCAAUUUCAAUUACUCCUUAUAGGAUGUGA